AUGGCAGAUGAAGAUUUGUGCAUCGCGUGUACAUUGAUCGUGACUACUCGCCAGGAAGUCCUGCAGUGCGACGGCUGUCAAAAGUGGCAGCACCGAGUUUGCAACACGGGCAUAUCGCGUCCGGAGUACAGAAAUGCCGUCCGAGCUGGAACUGACAUUCCAUGGGAGUGUCAAACUUGUGUGGUAUCUCACAUACCCAACUUCAAGAGCACCAGAUUUGAUGAAGGUAAGUCAGCUGUUAUAGUCUACUCGUGAUAUGUUGGAUAACAUUCUUCUUAUAUUGAAUAAGCUAGUUAAAUAUCCGCUAGACCUCAGUUCUCAUCUUGACUUGUUUAAUCGACAGACUUUACCGAAGCAGAAGCCGCCGGACUGGAGGAGGAGAUGAAUUCCACCAUUUAUGACCCACCAAUGGUAAGUAUGGUUUAUAACUAUGAAUGGGAUCAAACAUCGGAGUACUAGCCACAUUAUUCACGAUAUAACUGAUUAUCUUUCUCUUUUUUCAGCAUUGGUCAAUCGAUAGCCAGUGGAUUCGCGAUUCGGUAACGAGUUCACCCCGUUCGCGUUCACCUGUACAUCAACACACCAUGGUAAGUGUUCGACAAAUGACAGUUUAACAAUGUGUACCACACUUCUACGCAUGGUUAUAUAUAUAAUUAAUCGAAUUAAUAACUACGGGUUUAUCACGACUGAUCUUACUAGCCACUUAAUUUCUGUUUUCACUUAAGUCCUUAGGGCUUCAAUCUGAUCUGGAUCCAGCUGAAUCAUCAUUAGAAGAUCCUGAUCUGCAAACCCUGGAGAAUACGGCCGGUCAGUUCUCCCUUACAUUUGAGCUUGUCGAGGAUUCCACCAAGAGAGGAAAAACAAAACUUGUGGACAACCACGGCUACACGUAUAAUGUUAAGAGACGUCGUGGGGAUAAUACAGACUGGCAGUGCACCGUCCGACCAAGGGUAUUUUGAUUUUUUUUUGGUUUCUUAAAAUCAUAGAAUAUGUCAAGUAUAAGAAAUAGAAUGGAAGGAAAUAGUAACAAGCACGACGAAUAUAAAAGCAGUUCUUAACAAAGCGGGGUCUAUUUGCUUUUCUUUCUCAGGUCGACCCGUGUAAGGCCACAGUAACACAAAGAGCCGACGGUGAAUUCGUCCCAGGUAAACAGCAGCACAACCACCCCGGAAAAGUCGGAGCUGCCCUCGCUGCUAGGAUUACAGCUCGAACAAAGAAGGAGGCUGUGGCUAACUUGUUCAAGCCUGCGACUGCCAUUGUGAACCAGGUGUUGCUUGAAGAGCUUACCGACGCACCAUGCCCCAGUCUGCCUAAACCAACUGACCUAGCAAGAGCAGCAAACUACCUUCGUCAGAGUCUUCGCCCGACCGAUCCUAAAGACAUGGAGUUCCAGUUGGACCACGACCACAUUCCAGACGACUUCCUCCGAAAGGAUAUCACGGUUAGAGCUUUUUUUUAA